AUGACAAUUAAUAAGUUUGUCACGGCCUCUUUGAUCGCUAUUAUAGUACAAUUGUGUAGUCAAGUGGCAGUGAGUGUAGUGUGGGGGGAGUGUUGUAGUCCAGUAGUAGCCCAGUAGAUCGUCAGUGUGGUAACCGCGCGGUCCUAGGUACAAGGAUAACCUCAACAGUCAUCAGUGCUACUGCUACUGGAUAACCGCAACUCCUGGUACCCGCCACCACGACACCGAGUACACGGAGCUGCUGUCCAGCCCCAGCAGGAAGCGGAAGAGAGGACAGAGUCGGAGGAUGGUGGAAAGCGACCUGGCUAAGAAACAAAUAGAUGGAGGUGGAAAAUCUCUAAAUGGAAAAGCAGCAAGGGACCUUGAAACUGGAGUGGUGGCUGCGUUGCAAGAAAAAGCAGAUCUUGAGUUUCACAGCACAGGCCGGGCUGACUUCGAAAGAGCCAUUGAACAAACCGGCUAUGGAAAGUUUCACUACUUCCUGCUCACCGUGUGUGGCUUUGUCAGCACCAGUGAGGAGAUGGACGUAAUCUCCAUGUCCUUCAUCCUGCCUUCCUCCCAGUGCGACCUGGACCUCAACACUCACACCAAGGGCUGGCUCAACAGUAUUAUAUUUGUGGGUAUGAUGGCUGGUGCCUACGUGUGGGGUAGUGUUGCCGAUACGCUUGGUAGGAGAAAAGUAUUGAUAGUCAUAUCCUUCAUGAACGCCCUCUGCAUAGUCGCCUCGAGCUUUAGUCAGUCGUACGCACUCUUCAUGAUAUUCAGGUUUCUCAACGGAGCUGCGUUAGGUGGAAGUGGACCUGUGAUUUGGUCAUACUUUGCCGAGUUCCAACCUAAAAAGAAACGAGGCUCUAUGCUGAGUUCUAUGGCUGCCUUCUGGACUCUUGGAAACCUCUUCGUGGCUUGUCUUGCGUGGCUGGUGAUACCUAGUAGUAUAGGUUACACGUCACCCACGUUUAAGUACAACUCAUGGAGAGUAUUUUUGAUGAUCUGUUCAAUGCCUUCCUUCAUCGUCGCCAUCCUUCUCUACUUCCUCCCCGAGAGUCCGAAGUUCUUACUGGCUCAUGGACAGGAAGAGGAAGCGAUGGCCGUCUUCCGGAGGAUCUACUCCAUCAACACCAACCGGAGUCCUGAAGAAUAUCCGGUUAAACAACUUAUUCAAAUGGAUUCAUUCAACGAACGGAAUGGAGACCCGAGCAAGCACUUCAACGCUUUUACAACAAUGAUGCAGGAGAUUGGGGAGAACACUAAGGCGUUGUUUGUGUCUCCGAUAUUACGUUUAACACUCAUCUCCGUCAGCAUAAACCUCACGUUUCACAUCGGAUACUACGGUUUGCUCAUGUGGUUCCCUGAGUUGUUUAAUCGUUUUGACGAGUUCUCGCGAGAGAAAGGCAACAUCUCGGCUUCGGUUUGUGAAGUGACAGAGUACGUGGUCACCAAGGGGUCCAAGUCAGGAGGUCCCUGCAACGAUAAGAUACCAAGCUUUGUCUUCCUAGAGUCGCUCAUCACAGUAUCUGCAGCCAUUCCCGGAAAUAUCAUUGCGGUAGUCUUCAUGGACCAGCUUGGCCGCAAGUUUUUCCUAGUAUUCAGCACGAUGUUCUCUGGCCUGUGUUCCACCGCCAUGUAUUUCGUCCGCAGCAAAGAGCAGAAUCUGUUUGUCUCUGCAGUCUUCAGCGGUGUCAUCAGCUGCGGUAACGCUGCUCUGGACUGUCUUAUCACGGAAAUAUUCCCAACAAACUUAAGAGCUACCGGCGUGGCAGUGUCCAUGGUGGCAGCCAGACUGGGUGGUAUAGUGGGAAACAUAGUUAUAGCAACUCUGCUGGACUUGUACUGCCCUGCACCUACGUUUAUAGUGGCGGCUCUUCUCAUAGGAGGAGGACUACUAUGUCUGCUCUUACCUAACACUACGCGCGAACCUCUAUCUUGACCGAGGCUCUACUGGCUAAAUCGGCCAACUUCUACUUUGUCUCUCGCAUUUCUUACCUCUGUAUUUAAGUAUUGUAAGAUUCAAAAGAUAAGUUGUUAUAUAUCUCUUACAAUGGUGCCAAUGUGGCUCUUCAAGUUGUUAUGCUUCUUGCAUAGCUAAUAUUUUAUCAAUCCAAUUUGCUUGCACUGCAAUGGUUUACUAAAUGUGUGACACAUUCUUUUAAAAUUCAUGACUUCAUAUCCAUAUCAACUGUAUUUGAAUGUAUACAAGUUUUUGUAAUAAAAACGCAGCUUUUAUAUCAUAAAAUCGGUAGCUGUGUGGAAAAAUGCAAAAGAUAGUUCAGAAUAUUCGUUUUGCAGAAGCUUGAACUUUGAAGGUAGCCUGAAAAAGACCAUGAUAGCUUACGUAUUAGAUUAGGGUAAUGGAUGGUUGAACGAAUUUCCGUACACUAUCUAACUACAUAAUUCUAGUGUAUAUAGUGAAUGCUCCAAAGCACAUCGUGGUUGACAAGUAAAUGCUGGAAACUAAAGUGAAAGUGUAUGUUGAAAGUUAAGUUCUGUAGCUGUAAAAAUGUAAUCCAUGAUGAAUUGAAAUUAUAUCACCAAAAGUAGAGUCCAAUCAAAACAAGAAAAUUGUACACCCAAGGCAUUGAUUGAGGAGAAUAUUUCAGAUUUACCUUAUUGAUUUCUACAAGCCAUUUUGUACAUGAUCACGUCACACCAUGAGAUAUUUGUAAUAUAAGAUUUAGUUUUUUUAUACAAACAUGAAACAUAAUUUUAAUAUUGUGAUUGUAUUUUAGUACUUGUAUAAACUAGACGUUAGGGUUUUCUUAGGUAAUUGUAAACCUUUUGUAUACUUACUAUUAUCUAUUAUUUUAAUGCUGCAACAAUGUAAAUUUUAUCAAACAAGUUUAUUUUAAAACUCUCUUACUUUACGCAUUUGUUACCUGGAGGUAAAGUAAUAACAACAUUUCAACGUUUGGUCCAUACGUGAGAAUAAUUAAACCAAACAUUUUAUAACUUGACUAUUAUAUACACUACUCUUUACUUCAUUUUAACUUUCCAAAAUAUGUUUAGUAUUUUUGUGAUUACACGUUUAAAAGAUUGAUUGAAAACUUUUAAUGACAACUCCUUGCAAAUAAAUGUUAUAUAAGACUUUGAAUUGAAGAAAAAAUAAUAAUCCAUUUAUUGUUUGAGUUUUUAUAGAAAACAAACGUUUGUUUCCAUUAUUAGGGUUAUUUAGAAAUACUGUACACUGUAUAUACUAAUAGCUGUUAUUUUAAUUUCAACAAAACAUCACCGUAAAACCAAUUGAUCAGAAAUUUUUAUUAUACAGGGUGAAUUAAAAACGUCAUAGUAAGUUUUAGCAAUUUAGUUAAAACAUAAUUUAUCGAGUUACCCAUUCUAAUAGUAAACAAGUGUUAGUUAAUAUUUAUUGUUAUUUGUUAUUGUUAAACUAUGUCUAAUAUAUUGAAUAAAU